AGUUAAUGUUUCUUUAAGGUUGGGGGUGGCUGAGUGGGCUCUUGGCCAAUGUAGUCAUUAAGAGGGAUGGGCUAACCCUACCUAUAUACCUCAUGGUUUUAUGUUGCAAGAUUUUUAAUCUUAUUCAUGCCCAUUACUUUUUAUGAACUCAAAAAUCAUCAAUAAAAGCAAAACUAGCAGCAAACCCAUUGGGGCAUCAAACUCGAGGAGAAUGAUUUGUAUGGAGUCUAAGUUUGAUUUCAAUCAAGAUCUGCAUCAUGAUCAUUGCUCAAAAAAAGGUGUGCAUCAUGAUCCUCAUUUGUUAUAAGUUGGGUUUCAGUAUUGAGGCUGGUUGAUGCUGGUUUCUAACUUAGUUCAAAAUUUCAUACAAACUUGGUAUCUAACUCAACUUUGUCAUGAUACCAGUCUCUAUCCGAUAUAUGGUGUUAAUAUAAGGUGUUAAUGUAUUUAACUGUGACAUUUAACACACGCCAAAAGAGAAAAAAUUAACAGUCAAGUGGACUGGAACCCAGGCACGACAAAGAAACCCCUUCUCGUUUUCUGUCUUAUAAUAUAAAGUCCCGCUCUUUUGAAAACCCUGCGUCUCUAACCACGUCACACCUCCGUAACCACGCCGCCUCCCCGUCUCCCGCUCGCCGUCGCUGGCCCUCCCCCGACCCCUCUCCGCCGUAAGGGUUAGGGUUUUGGCGAAAUGGUCCUCUCCGCCCUCCUCCCCCCUCCUCUCCGCCCUCGCAACCCAUCCCAACCCCCGAUCUCGGCUGCCUCCGUCCACCCCCGCACCGCCCCUCUCCGCCGCCCUGGUUGCGGCGGCACCACCGGCCUCGCCCUCCGCUGCCGGUUGGUAAUCCGGGCCCUGGACGCCGCCCAGCCGUUCGACUACGAGUCUCGGGCCUCCGAACUGCUCGACCGCCGCUCCAAGCUCAAGAUCGGCAUCAUCGGCUUCGGCAACUUCGGCCAGUUCCUCGCCCGCACCUUCGCCCACCAGGGCCACGCCCUCCUCGCCCAUUCGCGCUCCGACUACUCCGACGUCGCUCGCUCCCUCGGCGUCUCCUUUUUCCGCGACCCCCACGACCUGUGCGAGGAGCACCCCGACGUGGUCCUCCUCUGCACCUCGAUCCUCUCCACCGAUGCCGUUCUCCGCUCCCUCCCCAUCCAGCGCCUCCGCCGCAACACUCUCUUCGUCGACGUUCUCUCCGUCAAGGAGUUCCCCAAGAACCUCUUCCUCCAGCUUCUCCCACCGGACUUCGACAUUCUCUGCACCCACCCCAUGUUCGGGCCCGAGAGCGGCAAGAACGGCUGGGCCGGCCUGUCCUUCGUCUACGAGAAGGUCCGUAUCGGCGAUUCCGGCGGCCGCGCAGAGCGCUGCCGGCGAUUCCUUGAGAUCUUCGAGCGCGAGGGCUGCCGGAUGGUGGAGAUGUCCUGUACGGAUCAUGACGAGAAUGCUGCUGAAAUACAGUUCCUGACUCACACCGUGGGGAGGAUUCUUGCCAAGUUGGAUCUCAAGUCGACCCCGAUUAACACCAAGGGGUACGAGACCCUGCUCGAUCUGGUGGAGAACACAUGCAGUGAUAGUUUCGAGCUGUACAAUGGGUUGUUCAUGUACAACAAGAAUUCCACCGAGCUGCUUGAGAGAAUGGAUGUCGCAUUCGAUUCGUUGAAGAAGGAGCUGUUCGGGCGUUUGCAUGAUAUACUGAGGAAGCAGCUGUUCGAGUUCGAUAGAAAGGGCUAAUGAUUGGAGCACAGGUUGCUGUCUGACUCCUACAGUGCUUUCUAUUUCAUGUUUUAGGUACUAUUAUCAACCAUAUUUACCAAGCACUUGGCUUACCUCUGCAUCGCAAGUUUGCUGUCCAUCAUAUUCAACAUUCCUAUAGCGCCUAAGAGAUCACAUUUUGAUCCAUCUUUUAGGGUUUUGUUACAAAUUUGAUGUCAGCUAUAGAGCAAAGUCCUUGAAUCAUCGGCAAAAAUCUCUGCAAGAGUGCAGCAAUCAGUAGGCAAGAAAAUUCCUAGAUACUGCAAUACGUUCAAUUAUAUUCUAUUGUCAAAGAUCAGUGCUUUUGAAGGCUGAGGUGCUCAUUGGCCAUAGAGGAGCCGUAUGAAGCUGAAGUUUCAUGUACGGUUUUGUAAUAGCGAUGGGAACAGUGAUGUUAUUAUCGACUAUGAUUAUCUAAUAGUUCAAGUACAGUUGAUAUAGUUGAAGCACAGUCAAAAUAUGGUUUUUGGGGGUGGAAUCUGUGGCGUCAACCUAUAGGGUUUAUUGUUUUUCUAAUUUCUUCUCUAGCCGAAUGUGAGAGAUUGCCAUUUGAUUUACCGGAAGCAGAGGAGGAAUUAGUAGCAGG